AAUAACUUCAUCUAGAUAUAAGAUUUAAAUUCUUUAAAAUUUUACAGUUACUCGUGCAUGUGGUAUAUUUUAAUCGUUAAUAAAUACAAACAAUUAAAGUAGGACUCUUACAUAAAAUCUGAGGUUUUGCUUAGUAAGCAAUCGAAAUGUGGCCCAUGAAAAUAUUGCGAUAUAAUGUGACUUUAAAAAUUUAACGCAUCAGUCUUGUUACAGUUCGAGUUGAGUUCUGCGAAGUGAUACGGUGAAAUCCUAUGAAAAGAACUUUGCAGUAAAUAUAAGUUAAUUUAAUCGAAUUAUUGAUAUAUAAUCGCGUAUAUUUCAGGAGAGAGAUCAAAAUGUAUUUAGCGUUAGUGGCAAUGGCUCUUUGCAUAUCAUGUUCCUUUGCAGAGAAUAACAGUACUAUCACAAAUAUUAAGCCAUCUACAAAUACAUACGACCAACCGAUUGGUUGUGUCUGUGCCGUAUUUUUAAGUGGACAAUUUAAAAAGGGUAGCAAGGAACAACCUAAAGGAUAUCCUGCACUUCUUCAUGAAUAUCCCGAUCCACUUCCAUGUACCACUAUUGGAAAUAGACUUUGUAUCAACAAAUGUCUCGAAGUUAUCGUGAAACAUUUACCAAACAGUUCAACAAUUCUCUGUGCUUCUUUAGAGCGCGAUUGUCAUAAAGAAAGGGCCUAUCUUUUCAUCAAGAAUUGCAAAGACGAGUGGACAAAUACGAAUCUAUCGGCCGGUAGAGAAUAUUGCUGCAAAGAUGGCAUGCCGUAUAAAUGUUAAUUGACAUAUAUUUAGAAUAAUAUUUUUAUACGAUGACUGUUUGUAGUUCUAAGAGUUGAGCAUUUUUAAUAAAUACAUUUAACUUAAUAA